UGAUGACUUACUUCAAAAGAAAAAUGAAUUAUUUAUCGAAAUUGAAGUUGAUAGAAUUCAGCAUGUUAAAUCAAUUACAGCUUCAUCAAUUUUGAAAUUAAAUCAAGAUGAAAUUGAUGCUAUAUUAGUCUAUUUUUUACAAAAAUAA